UUUGACAUUUCUUUUUCAAAACGUGUGUUGCUACGACGCACGCACGUUCAUAAUAUUUUGAUUUUAUUAUCACAAUGGCGAAGUCUUUGAGGAGUAGAUGGAAGCGAAAAUGCCGUGCUGUGAAGCGGGAGCGAUAUGCUGUGAAAGAAUUGUCCAGGCUGAAGAAAAUGCUCGGGAUAAAGGAAGAAGAUAAAGUCACUGAAAGUGAGGUUAUGGAGUCCGAUCAGGUGAUAUUUUUGGAUGCUGGGGCAAUAAACAAGUCGAAGAACAAGCCUAAACCUGUCGAAGAAGACGACGAUGAUGUGGAGAUGAGUUCUGAUGAUGAGAAAAUCGAAGUGGACGGCGAAAACGGCAAGAAACGUAUUUUUAGUACUAAGACCCUGAAAGAUCAAAACGGCCAGUAUCCAGCGUGGCUUCACAAGAGAAAGAUCGCGAAAAUAAACAAAACGACCCAGAAAAAGAUCAAGAAGAAGUCGAAGAAGCGUAGGCAUAAGACUAAGUGAUAAUAAAUGUGUAGUUAUAA